AUGGCUGACUCGAGCAAGAGGAGCAACAAGUGGCGAUCGAGCGACGAGGACGGCGACGAGGACGAUCACGACGGCCAGAAUGACAAUCUGCUCAGAUUGGUCGACGAGAAGCAUCCCGAGGCAUCGUCAUUCGCUCAGCUCUUGAAGGCAGUGUUCCUUCCCGAUGGAUACCCAGACAGCGUCAGCGCAGAUUACGCAUCCUACCAACGUUGGGACACGCUGCAAGCUUUCUGCAGUUCCAUCAAUGGCAGCCUGGCCACACUAGCAGUGCUGAAGGGAGUCGGCGUAGGGGAUGAAACGGCGACUGCGACGGCUGCGGCAGUCUCUUGGAUGCUUCGUGACGGCGUUGGGAUGCUCGGACGGAUUUUCUUUGCUUGGCAAAAGGGUCCAGCGUUGGACGCAAACGCAAAGCGCUGGCGCCUCGUAGCUGACAUUUUCAACGACCUGGCCAUGUUUGUCGAACUGCUGUCUCCACUGGUUGGAGAGUGGUUUCUAGCGUUUGCCUGCCUCGGCUCGGUGUUACGAUCCAUCGUCGGUGUCGCUGGCGGGGCCACGCGGGCGGCCAUCACGCAGCAUCAGGCGCGGCGCAACAACCACGGCGAUGUCAGUGCCAAGGACGGCAGUCAGGAGACGCUGGUGAAUCUCGCGGCGCUUCUCGUGUCGCUCUGGUUGCUCCCUGCCCUCGGCUCCGACCAUCCCACCCUUGUGUGGCUCUUGUUUUGCUCGUUUACGUCGCUUCACCUCUUUGCCAACUACCGGGGUGUUAGAGCGACCGUCUUUGACACGUUUAAUCGCGAAAGGCUGUUUAUUGUCGCCAGUGAUUACAUGCAAAGACCAUCGGCGGCCACAACGCUCACUCCAAGGUUGACUGCGGAACAAGAGCGAUUUUUGUUGUUUCGAGAGCCCUUGACAAUCGACCUUGGAGCGCAGCUCAAGUCGUGCUCGGCGGCCAGUCAGGAGUUGUUUCAACAUGGCGCGCAGCUGGCCCAUCCCUUCAUUCUGUACUCGGAAAAUUCUACAACAGCCCGCAUCCUUCUCAGCGACGCUGCUUCAAACAGUGAUCAGAUUUGCAGCUUUGCGGCGGCCUACUUCCAGCUUGCGAUCGAUCCGUCCAGGCCGGGCCCAGCACACACCAAAGCUCUUCGUGACGCGUUGCGAUCUCGGAAUUCAGCGCGCAUUCAACUCGAGUCUGUGCGAUUGGCCCAAACAAUGCUCGAAUCGGCAGCUCGAGCUGGAUGGGACUUGUCUCGGUCUGCGUUGAUGCCCAGCGAAUGGCGUUGGACCACAUCUGUUACCCCCAAACGCGGCUGA